CGACAGAGUUAGUUUGUUUUUUUUUUAAGAAAAUUUUUGCUACAACUUUUAGCGUAUUAGAAUGAUCUAGAACAGGAGUCGGUAAACUUUUCAAGUAGUGAAGAAAUUCAAAACCCUUCGAGGCAUUUUUCAUACAGAAAAGACUUAUGUUCGUACAAGAAAACCAUCGACAUACGUAAACGCCAUCUUGUUGCACAAAUUUGUUAAAAAAUAUCAGCGAAAUUCUUACAGUGCAAACCAAAACUUUGAGAUGGUGUGAAGAGAUAUGAAGGUAAUCUUUGAGAUAUGUGAAUAAAUAGACGAAAACUGUGAUUAGGCUUUUUCACUCGUCAAUUAGGCGUUUGGAUCAUGUCUAGUCAAAUUUAUACAAAGUAUUCAUGCGCUGUAACCGCACAGUACGAUAAGUGUACUGUUGAAGCUUACAUCUUCUUCUUCUUCUUCUUCUUCUAUUUGGCGUAACGUCAUAUGCGGACAUGCCGGCUUGUACAGGCUUUCGAGACUUAAUUCAUUACCACGCAGCCGGAUAGUCAAUCUUUGCUACGGGGGGACGGUCCAUUUCGGGCUUGAACCCAUGGCGGGCUUGUUAUUGAGUCGUUCGAGUUGACGACUGUACCACGGGACCGCCCCCCGUGUUAAAGCUUACAUAGAUUUGUCAAUAUGCCUAAGAUUUUUUUGAAUACCUCUUCAUUGCGCUUCAAAUUCGCUGGAGGAAAACAGAAGAAAUGCUUUAACUUAUUUCUCCACCUCUUGUUAGUGAAUCCGUGACGAACUUGCAAUAUAAUUCACAAUGAAAUUUGACGAAUGCUUUUUCAACAAUCUUGAUUUAUCAGUUAGCCUUAUAUAUAAAUAAAAAAUAUGGCCUCAGACCGGAUUUUAACGACCCCCUGAGCUAAUGAAUGGCCUUAUCAUGUUUGCAUGUUCAAACAACAGCCAACCAAUGUCUGUCACUAGUUAAUCGGUCCAUUAUAACCCCAUUUGGCGACGUUGUUGAACCCUCACUGCAUAGCAGCUGGCACAAUAGAACUUUUCAUUGGCCAUGAAGCCAACACAAGCGCUACAACUGAAACCGAAAUGAAAGUACAACGCUCUCGCCACGUUUUAUACUUCAUUGAGUGAGUCUCGGUGCUGCAGAUUAGUCUUUUUUUUUAAAUAAAAUAACUGAUUCCGUUCCUAGAUUGGCAUUGAUUCUCUGCAGCACUGCCGUGCAAUCGAUCACCUUCAUGCUGUGCACCAAAGGCAACCAGGCGAAACCACUGUCGAGCAAGGUCUGCGGAGCCGAUUCCAGCUUCAUGUCGGUAAUAAAAUACAUGGACUACACUGUGCAUAACUACUCAGCGGCUACAUUCACGGUGCACAGUAACGAUACGUACGUAAUGUACUUCCUCCAUAAAGCGCCCCUGCUGCGGUAUGUCUACCUUCAGCACAAUGUUAAUGUGUCCUUGCUGCACAUCGAGAACUGCUCCCUGACCGGUAUGCCGAGAACGAUCCGGAACGUCCCAAACCUGCUCCGACUCGCCAUCAAGUCCUGUCGCAUACGGCACCUGGAUCUGAACGAUUUUGCGGAUCUUCACUCGUUGUAUUCGGUCGACCUGACGAACAACCGGAUAGUGACUAUCACGGAGCUGCUGCCGGCUUCCGAUCUCGUGCUACCCAUCAAUAGACUGUACCUAGCCAACAACUCACUGACCCAGCUGAACGUGCGUGCUUUGGGUGCGUUGACGGAUCUUCAUUGUCUGGUGCUGGAGGGCAAUCGCAUCGAGGAAGUGAACUCCCCGAUAGCACUGCCGAAGCUAGAGGAGCUGUCACUGCGCAACAAUCGUAUCAAGCAGCUUAACUGCACCGGCUGGCAUCUGCCGGCGUUGAAGUAUCUCUUCUGCAGUGGCAAUCGGCUCUCCAUCGCCCCGAUCGAAUGGCAAUUGAUGUGGCGCAUCGAGGUGCUCGAUCUGUCCUUCAAUCUGCUGCACAGCUUCCGCAUGGACGAUAUCUAUCUUACGCAACUGUAUGCGCUCAACCUGGCAGGCAACCAGCUGACGAGCGUAACGACCCCCCAGAUGCAUUUUCGCGUCCCGCUCUCCAGGCUUUGGUUGGCUCAGAAUCGGCUGCCCGUGCUGGACAUUUCCCGCUGGGACAUGCCGAACCUAUGGGAGCUGGAUGUGGCCCACAACCGGCUGACCGAGCUGGCCGACGUGUUUGUACGGUUUCCCAACCUUGCGCCAAUGAUGAUACUGCGCAACAACCAGUGGUCCUGCGAAUGGUUGGCGCGCGUACAUCCAACCGAUCUGCGGCGCAAGAACUAUGGUUGCCUAAGCACGAACGAAACGUGUCCAGCGGGUAAGCUGACGGUUGCGGACGGCUGCUGGAUUUGUUGCUGGUGAGUGAGGAAAGUGUGGAUGGAUCUUUGAAAUACCGUCAACACUUUUUUUGUAAACCCAAUAAAAACCAUCCCAACCCGGGGUUCAGCUACGGUUUGAGCUGGGGAGUAAUUUGAAUACUUUCAACUUCAUUUCUUUCUAUCGUCUCUUCGAAAGCAAACAAAACCCGUUAGAAGGCACACUGCUGUAGGAGAGCAGAGUGGUUGAUCAAUAUUCUCUUCCCAUUGAAAUCCGGUUUUCUUAAUGCUUAUUAACAUACAGAACCGUGCCCUCCCACGAGCUCAGAAUCGAUGUUAUUUGUUCGAAAAGAGAGCUCCAACAACACGCUCCGCUUCCUUUCCCGAAAUGGGCUCCACAUUGAUCUCACAAGGGUGAUGGUGUGCGAAUGUACAACCAGCACACUACCAAAGCCCGCUGACUGCUUCCUAACAUAACGGAAGCCCCGCAAAAUCCGGUCCAUCUUUCUUCCAACCGGUAGUGGCACUCGAAGCAAGAAGAGAAGCAAGUUUCUCGAAGCAAGGAGGAAACAACCACCAAGUGGCACCAGUGUCGUGUCAAACACACCACCCAGCCCGGCGGCAAGAUCAUCAAACCAUCACAGCGUUGCGGGAUUUUGAGGUUUCUGACCUACAUUCGGGCGCUUUGCGCUCGCGUUGGAGUAGCAAAAAUAGCACCAAUACUAGCGAAAGAGAGGGUUUAACUAAUUCGUUGUUGAACUGUCGUGUCCCGUGUGUGUCACACUGCGCUAGCUGAACAGAAGUCGAAGUUCAACCCUUUGCUGGACGGAACAGCUGGUCGUACGAUGCGCAACCACAUUCCAACAAGUGGGCUCUCCAACCAGUUCCAGGCCCCGGUUUACCCCGCUCGAACAAGUUGCACCGAUACUGUUACAAGGGGCGCGGUUCACUGGUUCACGACGGUUUCAGAGGAGGAAGUUUCACACCACAAACCCUCCACUUUCAACGGACCACGGUUAGGGGUAA